UCCCCUUUUUAGUCUCCCUUUUUUCUCUGCCUCUUUCAUUCCCUGCCAUUGGGUUUUCUCUGUGUCUCAUUCUCAAUUCCUAAAUUGCAGCAAACAAGGGACAAAAGGACCCUGCAAUAUGCCUUGGGGUAAGGUGGGCCCUGCCCUCCAAGGGCAUUGACUGAGCCCACUCAAGCAGGAUUGGUGAAGACGAUGUCUAGGCUGGAGAGGGCUGCUGUCUGUCUCCUCGGCUGGAGGGACAGAGUCCCGGCUUUGAAGUGGUGGCACCAUCUCACUCCAGGGCCAUGUCUGGAUUAGCCACUGUCUGGGCAUUUUUUCCCCUUGCCCAACCCACUCAGUCCCCCGGGGUGGAAAGGAAGGGGUGCUGGGCAUCUGGACCAGAGCUGCAUCCAGGGGUCUUUGCCAGGUUCCCAGGAGGCAGCAUCCUCUGGGUUAGCACUGCUGGAGAACGCUCAGGGUCUGGUGCUCCCGUAUCUCUCUACCUUUCUAUUUCUCAUUCUUUUUUCUCUGUAACUCUUUUUUUCUGUCCCCUUUUUGUUCUCUCUUUUUUCUCUGCCUCUUUCAUUCUCUGCCAUUGGGUUUUCUCUGUGUCUCUUUCUGAAUUCCUAAAUUGCAGCAAAGCGGGGACAAACCUACCCUGCUUCGUGCCUACCCCUUCCAGGCAGUUGGCUCUGAUUGCACGAGGCAGACAGACCUGUGACCCCUCUAUCCAGCUAUGCCCCUGCUGCCUAGCACCGUGGGCCUGGCAGGCCUGCUCUUCUGGGCUGGCCAGGCAGUGAACGCCUUGAUGAUGCCUAAUGCUACCCCGGCCCCAGCCCAGCCCGAGAGCACAGCUGUGCGGCUCCUGAGUGGCCUGGGGGUGCCCAGGUACCGCCGGAGGCGCCACAUCUCUGUGAGAGACAUGAAUGCCUUACUGGAUUAUCACAACCACAUCCGGGCCAGCGUGUACCCACCUGCUGCCAACAUGGAAUACAUGGUCUGGGACAAGCGGCUGGCCAGGGCUGCCGAGGCCUGGGCCACCCAGUGCAUCUGGGCACAUGGGCCUUCACAGCUGAUGAGAUACGUGGGCCAGAACCUCUCCAUCCAUUCUGGCCAGUACCGGUCCGUGGUGGAUCUCAUGAAGUCCUGGUCUGAGGAGAAGCGGCAUUACUUGUUUCCCGCCCCGAGGGACUGUAACCCACACUGCCCCUGGCACUGCGAUGGCCCCACCUGCUCCCACUAUACCCAGAUGGUGUGGGCAUCCUCCAAUCGGCUGGGCUGCGCCAUCCACACCUGUAGCAGCAUCAGCGUCUGGGGCAACACCUGGCAUUGGGCGGCAUACCUGGUCUGCAACUACGCCAUUAAGGGCAACUGGAUUGGCGAGGCUCCGUACAAGAUGGGAAGGCCGUGCUCCGCCUGUCCCCCCAGUUACCAAGGUAGCUGCAAUAGCAACAUGUGCUUCAAUGGGCUGAAAUCCAACAAGCUCCCGUGAUUCUGAAUUUUCCCUGGGCUUUGGUGUGCCGCCAGCUGGGCCUGACCCUCCAUGUCCUGCCCUCAAAAAACUGGGUGGAGAAAUAAUUUCUUCUUCAAAGGAGAUAAAUUAGAAUUACCCCCUAUUUAAUUUUCCCUCCUAGAUUCCCUUUCUUAAAUGUCCAACAUGGGUCAAAAGAAGAUGACCUCCUUGCCUGCCUUCUUUCCUAGUUGCAUCUUUCUUUUUGUGGGCCUCCGGGAAAGAGUCCUGCAUCUUUCAUUAAUUCAGUUCUCAGAGAACCAAGGCUGGAAGGCAUAGAACUGGCACCUUAGGACCAGGCAUAAUGGCUCACACCUAUAAUCCCAGCAUUUUGGGAGGCUGAGGUGGGAGAAUCAC